UCUGCAGAGUCUUGACUCAUCGGUGAUGCCGGGACAUUGGCUUGUUCAAUGCUCGGUGGCACAGAGUACUCGAACGAGACGUGAUCAAUUCUCUGAAGAUGAUACAGUUCAACCUUUUCAGCUUCGCCCUCAGCCAUCCAUAGCUCCCCACGCUAAUCGUCGACAGCUGCAUGGCUUCGGAGUACGCAGCGCUUUUCCGCCACCUCCUCAUUUUGUCUGUAUAGAGGAAGGCGGGGUAUGGUCCACCGCUACGCCUACCACCAACUGGCCGUUUUAUGAGACUUACGGACAGAGCGAAAUCUACAGCCUGACUCAAUGCAACUAGUGCAACUAGGGCAAAUGGCCUUGUCCUACUCGACGCGGCUUUUUCCGUCCACUGACACUUGUCGCUCGGGUUGUUGCUCAAAGCUGAGCCCGAACUGCAGAAUAGAUGUGGGUUCUGAGUGGUCGGAACUUCUAUGCGCCCAGAGACUUUUUCGCAAAAGGAAUCUCGCGACUUGACAUACGGCGGCUUACCGCUCUUUGGAGGCUCCUGAUUCGAGAAGACAGUGAUACCCCUCGCUCUAUGUGGACUAUGGAGGCUCCAUAAAGGCGGGAGGCAUACUAAGUUUAGAUGAUCAGACUCUUUGCGUCUUCUUGUCUUCUACACUUUCUGCCUGAUGAAUUGUAACAGCAACGCUACU